AGCAUUUCCACAACAUGGGAAAGCAAAGUGACAGCAUGCUGGUUAUCCGUAAAGCCUAGCAAGCUGGAAUGAAGACAAAUCCAUAGUUUGAUUUCUUGUAUUUGUUUAGUAGAAGCUGCCAAAAUGGUGAAGGAGCAGUUCAGAGAGACCGAUGUGGCCAAAAAAAUAAGCCACAUCUGCUUUGGGAUGAAAUCCGCUGAGCAGAUGCGUCAGCAGGCCCACAUCCAGGUGGUCAGCAAGAACCUGUACAGCCAAGACACCAAGCACUCUCCGCUGCCCUAUGGAGUGCUGGACCACCGUAUGGGCACCAGUGAGAAGGACAGGCCCUGUCUGACAUGUGGGAAGAAUCUGGCAGACUGUUUAGGACAUUACGGCUACCUGGACCUGGAGCUGCCGUGUUUCCAUGUCGGCUAUUUCAAAGCCAUUAUAGGAAUCUUACAGAUGAUCUGUAAGACGUGUUCGAGCAUAAUGCUGACCAAAGAGGAGAAGCUGCAGUUCAUGGAUUACUUGAAGCGGCCUAACCUGGCCUACCUCCAGAAACGAGGGCUGAAGAAGAAGAUAUCCGACAAAUGCCGCAAAAGGACAAUCUGUCUCAGCUGCUCCGCUUUCAACGGACCGGUGAAGAAGUGCGGCCUGCUCAAGAUCAUCCACGAGAAGUAUAAAACAACCAAGAAGGUGGUGGAUCCGUUCGUGUCAGACUUCCUGCAGUCCUUUGAUACCGCCAUUGAACACAACAAGCUGGUGGAGCCUCUGCUGACCAGAGCGCAGGAGAACUUGAACCCUCUGGUGGUCCUGAACAUGUUCAAGAGGAUUCCCCAAGAAGACAUCCCCCUGCUGCUGAUGAACCCCGAAGCAGGAAAACCUGCAGACCUCAUCAUCACCCGCCUCCUCGUGCCUCCUCUCUGCAUCCGACCGUCUGUGGUCAGCGACCUGAAGUCUGGCACCAACGAGGACGACCUCACCAUGAAGCUGACGGAGAUAAUCUUCCUUAAUGAUGUCAUCAAAAAGCAUCGUAUGACGGGGGCGAAGACCCAGAUGAUCAUGGAGGACUGGGACUUCCUCCAGCUGCAGUGUGCCCUUUAUAUCAACAGUGAACUUUCUGGCAUCCCCCUCAACAUGGCACCGAAGAAAUGGACCAGAGGCUUUGUGCAGAGACUCAAGGGAAAGCAAGGUCGGUUCAGAGGAAACCUCUCGGGGAAACGAGUGGACUUUUCUGGCAGGACGGUCAUUUCUCCAGACCCCAACCUGAGGAUCGACGAGGUGGCCGUCCCCGUGCACGUGGCCAAAAUCCUGACGUAUCCAGAGAGGGUAAACAAAGCCAACCUGGAGCUAAUGAGGAAACUUGUGCGCAACGGUCCAGACGUCCACCCCGGAGCCAACUUCAUCCAGAACCGCACCGCGCAGAUAAAAAGAUUUUUAAAAUAUGGAAACCGUGAAAAGAUUGCUCAGGAGCUGAGGUUUGGCGACGUGGUGGAAAGGCACCUGAUAGACGGGGACAUCGUGCUCUUCAAUCGACAGCCCUCUCUGCACAAACUCAGCAUCAUGGCCCACAUCGCCAGAGUCAAACCACACAGGACGUUCCGGUUCAACGAGUGUGUGUGCACCCCGUACAACGCCGACUUUGACGGUGAUGAAAUGAAUCUCCAUCUACCUCAGACUGAAGAAGCCAAAGCCGAGGCCUUGGUCCUGAUGGGGACUAAAGCUAAUCUUGUCACGCCGAGAAAUGGCGAGCCUUUGAUUGCGGCCAUUCAGGACUUUCUGACAGGGGCUUAUCUCUUGACGCUGAAGGACACCUUCUUUGACAGAUCCAAAGCCUGUCAGAUAGUGGCCUCAAUCCUUGUGGGAAAAGAUGAGAAAGUCAAGAUCUCUCUCCCCUGCCCGGCGAUCAUGAAGCCCAUCGCUCUGUGGACCGGGAAGCAGAUCUUCAGCAUGAUUCUGAAGCCGAGCAAAGAAUGUCCGGUGAAGGCGAAUCUGCGGACCAAAGGCAAACAGUACUGCGGCAAGGGAGAGGAUCUCUGUCACAACGACUCAUUCGUGGUGAUCCACAACAGCGAGCUGAUGUGUGGCAGCAUGGACAAGGGCACUUUAGGAUCCGGCUCCAAGAACAACAUUUUUUACAUCCUGCUGAGAGACUGGGGACAGCUGGAGGCCGCCAACGCCAUGUCCCGCCUGGCCAGACUGGCUCCGGUGUAUCUCUCCAACAGAGGUUUCUCCAUCGGAAUCGGAGACGUGACGCCUGGACAGGGUCUGCUGAAGGCCAAGCAGGACCUGCUGGACGACGGCUACCAGAAGUGUGACGAAUACAUCGAAGCUUUGGAGACGGGCAAGUUGCAGCAGCAGCCGGGCUGCACGGCGGAAGAGACUCUGGAGGCUCUCAUCUUGAGAGAGUUGUCAGUAAUCAGAGACCGAGCCGGCAGUGCCUGUCUCAGGGAGCUCGACAAAAGCAACAGUCCUCUGAUCAUGGCCCUCUGCGGCUCCAAAGGAUCCUUCAUUAAUAUCUCUCAGAUGAUUGCCUGCGUGGGCCAGCAGGCCAUAAGUGGAUCUCGAGUACCUGAUGGUUUUGAAAAUCGCUCCCUGCCUCACUUUGAAAAACACUCCAAGCUGCCUGCUGCGAAAGGCUUUGUGGCCGACAGCUUCUAUUCUGGUCUGACACCCACAGAGUUCUUCUUUCACACCAUGGCAGGCCGAGAAGGUCUGGUGGACACUGCGGUGAAAACUGCAGAGACCGGAUACAUGCAGAGACGUCUGGUGAAGUCUCUGGAGGAUUUGUGCUCGCAGUACGACCUGACGGUACGCAGCUCCACCGGCGACAUCAUCCAGUUUAUUUAUGGCGGCGACGGCCUGGACCCGGCUGCCAUGGAAGGAAAGGAUGAGCCGCUGGAGUUUAGGAGAGUUCUGGACAACAUUCGGGCGGUCUAUGCAUGUCCAGAUGAGCCUGCACUCAGUCAGAACGAGCUGGUCCUCACUGCAGAAGCCAUCAUGAAAAGAGCGGAUUUUCUGUGCUGCAGAGACAGCUUCCUGGAGGAGAUAAAGAAAUUCGUUAAGGGCAUUUCAGAAAGGAUCAAGAAGACCAGAGACAAGUACGGCAUCAACGACAACGGCACCAGUGAGCCAAAAGUUCUCUAUCAGCUGGACCGCAUCACUCCCACGCAGCUGGAGAAGUUUCUGGAGACCUGCCGAGACAAGUACAUGAGAGCCCAGAUGGAGCCGGGCUCAGCAGUAGGGGCCCUUUGUGCUCAGAGCAUCGGAGAGCCCGGCACUCAGAUGACACUGAAAACCUUUCACUUCGCCGGUGUGGCUUCGAUGAACAUCACUCUGGGGGUGCCUCGCAUCAAGGAAAUCAUCAACGCUUCCAAGAACAUCAGCACCCCCAUCAUCACGGCUCACUUGGACGUGGAAGACGACGCGGACUUUGCCAGGCUGGUGAAGGGGAGAAUCGAGAAAACCCUCCUAGGAGAGAUUUCUGAGUACAUAGAGGAGGUCUUUCUUCCCGACGACUGCUUCAUCCUGGUGAAAUUGUCACUGGAGAGAAUCAGGCUGCUGCGACUGGAGGUAAACGCAGAAACGGUGCGUUACUCCAUCUGCAUGUCUAAACUACGAGUGAAACCCGGAGACAUCGCGGUGCACGGCGAGGCGGUGGUGUGUGUGUCUCCACGAGAGAACAGCAAGAGCUCCAUGUACUAUGUGCUGCAGUCACUGAAGGAAGAUCUGCCCAAGGUGGUGGUUCAAGGAAUACCAGAGGUCGCCCGAGCAGUCAUCCACAUCGACGAGCAGAGCGGCAAGAACAAGUACAAGCUGCUGGUGGAGGGCGACAACCUGAGAGCGGUCAUGGCAACCCACGGGGUGAACGGGAGCAGGACCACCUCGAACAACACGUAUGAGGUUGAGAGGACUUUGGGCAUCGAGGCUGCCAGAUCCACCAUCAUCAAUGAGAUCCAGUACACCAUGGUCAACCACGGCAUGAGCAUCGACCGCCGUCACGUCAUGCUUCUGGCAGAUCUGAUGUCCUAUAAGGGGGAGAUCCUGGGAAUCACCAGGUUUGGUUUGGCCAAGAUGAAGGAGAGCGUCCUCAUGCUGGCCUCCUUCGAGAAAACCGCCGAUCACCUCUUCGACGCUGCUUAUUUUGGACAAAAGGACUCCGUCUGCGGUGUGUCUGAGUGCAUCAUCAUGGGGAUUCCAAUGAACAUCGGAACCGGACUGUUCAAACUCCUGCACAAGGCGGACAAGGAUCCGUCCCCGGUCACGAGGCCUCUCCUCUUCGACACGCCGGACUUUCAUAUACCUCUGAUCACAUAGCAUCGAGGACAGAAACAGCAGGGAUGUUUUUGAAGUUUUUUUAUUCGUAGCGGACUGUCGGCUCAGUCGGGUUGUUGUCAGCGGAACCUGAAGUGCCUGCCAGAGCGUCAGAUAACAGCCUUUUUGUGAAUCUGACAGAAAAUAGGUUUUUCUUUUUUGUUUUUUAGCGUAAUAUUUCCAAAACCACACACUGAGAAGGUCGCGUCUUAUUUUACAAAGCAAGUUUGUUAGCGCAGAAGAAACGGCGGAGUUGUUUAUUAUUUCCAUGAGGAGACUGAAGGAAGGUUUUUCUGCUUUAACCUUUUUUUCUUUGCUGCUUCUCUGUCAUUUUUACAUGUUGAACAGUGUAUUUCCUCAGUUGUUAAGAUGAGAUGCAUAAGUGGAAGAGGCUCCGAGCGCUGUGUGGAUGCUUCUGUUUUGGCACUUGGUUUUGAGUUUCAGUGUGAGCUUUGUGUUUCUGAGCAUCGCAGCUUCCAUUUGAUAAAAAACAACAACUUUUCAUUCGCACUGCAGAGCUCAUGUUGGGUUUGAAGAUUAGUUUAGUCGUUUAUGAGACGUGUUGGUUUUCAUGCGAGACUCGGCUCAGAGGGCGACUGAAACUGACGUUUUACAUCCUGUAAGAAGUUCACUCGUGUAAUAAUGUAAAUAAUGUAAUAAAUAAAUGACCCAGUGAAAGUAG